CGGAGUGGGCACCGAGCCACUGCGGUGACGCGACCUCGGCGUCCGGAAGCGAGGAAUACGGAGCUGAAAGAGCGGCGGCGGGGAGGCCUUCGCUAACAGGGGAAAAGGAGAGGGGGUUGGCCAGUCCGCCCUAACGGGGACAGGGGCGCGCAGAAAAGAGCUCUAACCUCCUCGAGCAGCCGCAAGCCCCAGCCCGUACCGGGCGACUAGGCCACGCCCUGGCAGGGCGGAGCCACACGCGCAAGUCUCGCGAGGCGCUGAGAAGGACGAAAGGAGCAAAAAAAUGUCUCCUCGCGGGCCGGGCAGUCCUUCGUUCCUGGUCCCUUGGGCAGCGACCCUGCUCCUCGCUCUGGGCGCGGAAAGGGCUCUGGCGCUACCCGAGAUAUGCAUGCUGUGUCCAGGGAGUGUGCGGGAUUUGUCAGAAGUGACCCUUUAUUGUAAGCAGACACCAGAGCUAAGGCUGCACUCCCGCUGCUGCCUGAAUCAGGAGGGCACCAUCGUGGGGCUGGAUCUCCAGAACUGUUCUCUGAAGGACCCUGGUCCAGACUUUCCUCAGGCACAUACUGCCGUCAUCAUAGACCUGCAAGCAAACCCCCUCAAGGAUGACUUGGCCAACACCUUCCGUGGCUUUACCCAGCUCCAGACUCUGAUACUGCCCCAAGAUGUCAGCUGUCCCGGAGGUAUUAAUGCCUGGAAUACUGUCACCUUCUGUAUAAAAAACCAAACCUGCCAAGGGCAAAGGAACCUUUGCAACAGCACUGGGGACCAAGAAAUGUGUCCUGAGAAUGGAUCCUGUGUACCUGAUGGUCCAGGUCUCUUGGAAUGUGUCUGUGCUGAUGGCUUCCAUGGCUACAAGUGUAUGCGCCAGGGUUCCUUCUCACUGCUUAUGUUCUUCGGUAUUCUGGGAUCCACCACAUUAUCCAUCUCCAUUCUGCUUUGGGGGACCCAACGCCGAAAAGCCAAGACUUCGUGAACCACAUAAGUCUUCCUACUGACCUAAAGAUCUUCUUGAUCUAUCUGAGCCCAGUCAGGGAGAUUCUCUUCCUAGACAGGCAUGGUUGGCCAGCAGGUCCUCCUCAAGACUGAAGCCACUUUUGGCAGGAAGAUGGAAAGUUGCAUAGCCUUGGGGUGUUGUGGACACCGCGGUCCAGGAGUGGACGGGGACUGGUGCCCCAUUUGUGCUUGUGCUUGACUAUAAUAAACAUCUUUUCUUGUCGUUC